AUGGACUUCUCAUCCUUCAUGCCAACUGCGUGGCUUCCUCCUCUUGCCAUUGGGCUUCUCUUGUCCUCAUUUACAAUCCUGGCAUUGAGCAAACGUCAACGAGAUACUCUCUUGAGCAGGUUCCAAAUCCAUCGCCGACGUGCUUCCGGAGCCUCCACGCCACCGCGUUCCUUCUCCCCUGGCAAAAAAAGUUCCAUUCGAGGUGAUACCAAGGAACCUUCCCCAUCAAAUGUAUCGACUCCCGACUUCGUGAACACUUUACCGCCAUCCAGGCGAUCCGCCCUGGCUGAGCUCGCCAAAGCAACCUCACCCUCGAACCAGAAGAUCUUGCUAGGCACCGAACCUUCCGUAGAGUCGCUUCUGAAGAAUGCUUUGCCAUCUAGUCGUUCAUAUGACCUCGAAAAUGACACCACGAAGUAUACACCGACUGGGUUUUCUACAGAAGAAAUCAAGGCCAUGGGCGAUUUCCCGGCUUAUGAUAUCUUGAGUGGCGUUCCUCUUCCACAACCAUACCAGAACUUCGAUCCAGAGAAGGCUCUUCCAAGACCCUAUCGACCUUUCAGAUGGGCCUAUCACCAGACAAUGUCCUUGACGAAAAUGGAACCGGAUUGGUGGCUGGAGGUUGAGAAUACCUACGCCUCUCGAAUCAAAGAGCGCAAGGAGCUUUUUAAAGAACACGGGAAAAAGGUGCUGGAUUACUUGCCUGGAUCUGAACUUGCCUGCAAGGAGCUUAUGGAGAUGUGCCUUCAAUUCUACUGCGCCCGGUACCCUACCUACUUCUCACUGUCGGCCGACAAGAAGACUUUCUACAACGGCCUCUUGAAGUCAGAGACGGAUAUCAAAAGUAUGCAUCCAUUGCAUGUACUCCUGAACAACAUACCAGAGGACUUUGCCAUCGUGCUUCGAAACGAGACUGAUGGCAUGUACUACUUCCGUGCUGGUGUAAUCUGUAGCUCAUUGGGCUGGAACGUCAGCACAAAGAUUGGCAUGCAGCUAAAAGACAUCCACAAACCUAUCCCGGACUACAAAGAGAAGAUGUCAUUUAGCAUGGACCGAUUCUUCAGCAAAAUGCCUACCAAUUCUCCGAUACAGCGUGGUAGCUGGGGGCUUGAGAUCGGAAUGCCCCUGUUCAUGCCAGCAGGCCAUCCUCAUGAACAGCUUCGCAAAAUCCAAAAACAGGAUCUGACAGUUGACGAAUGUCACCUGAGAGUUGACUGGCAAACUCUACGACGGUUACCUUUGAGUGCUGGGAUUGUCUUCAAUUUCAAGGCUUUAUUCACACCUCUGAGAGAGUUUCGCGACGAGCCGUAUAUCCCCUCCCUUCUGCUCAAGAUUAUAAAGGAGGGAAAGAAGAGUUUGAUGCAGUACAAGAACACAUGGCACGUGGAGCAUGUAUUCAUACCUGAGUUGGAGAAGUAUGAGAAGGAACAAGUCGCUAAGGGGUUGGUAAAACCGACAAAUGCAGGUGAAGAAACUUGGACGGUCGCUACGCUGGAGGAAAGCCCCUACUUUCCGGGCUGGGAGGAGAAAUGGCAUCGCCAGCAAGGCUUUUGAUCGAGGAUCUCUUUAGAAUCUGUUUCUUCAAGUCGUAGC